GCGUGGUUACGUCACCACGCUCACCGUUCCGGAAGUGCAUGUUGUGGCCAGAAGGCGCGGGGCCGAUGAGUGGUGGGAUACUUUCCAGAUGCUGAGGCACCUGUAUCCUUGGCACAGGCCAUUACUGAGUUGUAGUUGGAGUAGACUCAGUCUUUUGAAGCAUUAUCUAUUUACAAUGAAGUUGCAAUCUCCAGAGUUCCAGUCGCUUUUCACAGAAGGAUUGAAGAGUCUGACAGAAUUAUUUGUCAAACAGAAUCAUGAAUUAAGAAUAGCGGGAGGAGCAGUGAGGGAUUUACUAAAUGGAGUGAAGCCUCAAGAUGUUGACUUUGCUACUACUGCUACCCCUGCUCAGAUGAAGGAGAUGUUUCAGGCAGCUGGAAUUCGGAUGAUAAACAACAGAGGAGAAAAGCAUGGAACAGUUACUGCCAGGCUUCAUGAAGAGAAUUUUGAAAUCACUACACUACGGAUUGAUGUUACCACUGAUGGAAGACAUGCUGAAGUAGAAUUUACAACUGACUGGCAGAAAGAUGCUGAACGCAGAGAUCUCACUAUAAAUUCUAUGUUUCUAGGUUUUGAUGGUACCUUAUUUGAUUACUUUAAUGGUUAUACAGAUUUAAAAAAUAAGAAAGUUAGAUUUGUUGGAAAUGCUAAACAGAGAAUACAAGAAGAUUAUCUUCGAAUUUUAAGAUAUUUCAGGUUUUAUGGCAGAAUUGUAGACAAACCAGGUGACCAUGAUUCUGAGACAUUGGAAGCAAUUGCACAAAAUGCACAAGGCUUGGGUGGAAUAUCAGGAGAGAGGAUUUGGGUAGAACUGAAAAAAAUUCUUACUGGUAACCAUGUAAAUCACUUGAUUCAUCUUAUCUACGAUCUUGAUGUGGCUCCUUACAUAGGUUUACCUGCUAAUGCAAGUUUAGGAGAAUUUAAUAAAGUCAGUAAAAAUGUUGAUGGUUUUUCACCAAAGCCAAUGACUCUUUUGGCUUCAUUAUUCAAAGUACAGGAUGAUGUCACAAAACUGGAUUUGAGGUUGAAGAUUUCAAAGGAAGAGAAAAACCUUGGCUUAUUUAUUGUUAAAUAUAGGAAAGAUUUAAUUAAAGCAACAGAUAGUUCAGAACCACUGAAACCUUAUCAAGACUUCAUUAUAGAUUCUAGGGAACCUGACGUGACUGGCCGUGUGUGUGAACUACUGAAGUACCAAGGUGAGCACUGUCUUCUAAAAGCGAUGGAGCAGUGGUCCAUUCCCCCAUUUCCUGUGAGCGGCCAUGACAUCAGGAAAGUGGGCAUUUCUUCAGGAAAGGAAAUUGGGGCUUUAUUACAGCAGUUGCGUGAACAGUGGAAAAAAAGUGGUUACCAAAUGGAAAAAGAGGAGCUUCUAAGUUACAUAAAGAAGCCCUGACAAGAUCUGGCUAUUUAAAAAUGGAAACUUUUGAUAAGACUGUCUAUACCUUUUAAUGAUAUAUAAGAAACUAGCAGAAUUGAACCCACUGUAAUAGCCAGUUUUUAGAAGAACCAAGUUUUAUUUUAUGAAAUUUUAAAAUCUGAUUUAUUUAUAUCACUGAAUCAUAUGCUUUUGGAAUACCUGCUGCUGAAAAAAAAGUGUAGUUGGCUUCUGCUUGUCUGGACUUUCUAAAUGAAAAUUUUGUUUUUGCAUAACGCAGUACUAAGAUUGACUUUUAAAAAGUGGUAAAUAUCUUGAAGGAAAAAAGUUUAAUGUUUGUACUGAUUCCCUAUGCUAUUUUCGGUUCUUUUAUGAAUUCCAAAAGUAACUUGUGCCUGAAACAAUAGUUGACAGAUUUCCAUUAAAAUCUUAUAUAAAAUAUGAACAAGUGUAUCCUAGGUGGCUGACAUUUGUAUUUUCCUGUCAUAGAUUCUGUACCUAUAUAUGCAAAACCUGAUAAAGUUUUAAUACAACAUUUCCUUGGUUUUGGAAAGUAAGUAUGUGCAUGUACUUCUGAGAAUCAGGUAUCAUAUACAAUAAUACCUAUUUUCUUUGAAGUGAACAUUAGAUUGUUUACUAAGUCAUGUUUCAUAGCAUCUUUAUACUUUACGUGCAAAUAACAUUUUUGGACAUUGAUAAAACAAGUUUUGAAAACAGUAUUUCUGCUAAAGCCCAACCUAAGCGAGAGUGUGACAGACCUGCAAGAAAGGCAGUCUUAGAAACAACUGCAGACAGGUCAGUAAUUAAGUGCAUUAUAAAAUCCUGAAAUAUUUAGACCUAAUAAUCACAGAAUUCCUAUUACUUUAUAUACCAAAUAUGCAGAUUUAGCUGUUUUAGAGAGCUACCUUUGUCACAUUAAUAAACAAUAUAAAAUGUUUUGAAAUUGUACCCCGCAUGUUAUAAAGGUAAAAACAGUAAAUUUUUCACUUGCAUCUAGUUUUAGGUGUCAGUGUGCAGAAUUGUACUGUGCUACUGAAGAGGACUCCUUAGAAUCUAUUUGGAGUAAGUCUGAGUGCAGAGUAGAAAAAAAAAUUUAAUGUCAGGCAUACUGAAUAAGGCAGGGCAUAUUCUAUUUUUGAGUUGCUUUGCAUUUAUUCUUCUUACAUAAAAUGUAAUGUGCAAAAUUUAACAGUCCGGUUUUGUUGUCAUAAUAUAGACUGAUUAAACAUUUUACCUAAUUUGAAGCAUGGAAAGCAGUGAAGGAAUAUCAAAACUAAUUACAUAAAUGUAAACCCUUGAAUGUAUUGCCAAAGAUGUAGGUGGGAAAGCAGUCCACCUAGAAUUGUAUCUCAAAUAUAUUUUUUAUACCUACAUUACUUAAGCAAAGAAGAUGUUUAGUUUUGGUCUUGAAGUUUACUUACAGACUUUUUUCAAUGUACAUUAAAUAGCCCACAAAAUACAGUACCGCUUUAGCCUGUAGGGAGAGAACAUGUUUUGGUAUUUCUGCCCCAGAGCAGUUUAGGUUCAAAUUAUAAAGUUUUGACAAACUUCUUUGUAUGAGACAUUGUAAUUAGAGUUCUAGUUUAAACAAAUAUUUCAAGAACACAAAAGAAAUAAAAACUGUUUAUGUGCUCCAACUGCAUAAUUUACUUUUUAAUAUUUUGAAAAUUUACAAAUCACUGUCAGAGAAGCUAAAGAUAACAACAACAAAACCCCACAGAGUCAUUUUAAAAUAAUAUACAGUCUUGCCUCUCACAUACUUAUGCUCAGCUCCUCCGCUUUUGGGACUUUCACUACUGACAGUAUUGGGGGAAGUAUAUUCUCCCACAGAGAAUCAGAUGACUGCACUGAGCAGUCACAUCACAGACACAGCACAUUCUGUAGAGCCACAGCUCCAAGCUACCACAGUAGAUAUAUCUUAAACCCAAUGUGAAAUCUAGAAUUGGUUUUUAGCUUCUCUGAAAGGGUACUGUACUGGAACUUAAAAUCUUCAAAUACAGCUGGACUAAGAAACCAUAAUCGUCCAUGUAAAUGCUGCUGUUUACUUACAUAUGUAUCAGAGGCAGUAAUUUCUAAAGCAGAUUUGAUCUGAGAAUACCAGCUAGGUAUUCUCAGGUAUGAUAAAAGUUAGAUAACUUUAUCCCUACUAUACCCAUUUACAAGCAAAGUAUUACUUUAUCUGGACUUAUUUCAUCGUCAGUGUCUGGAAUUGUGGGUAACAGAGCAGAUCGAGUUAAACCCCAGAAUUUCUGAGGUGACAUGUCUUUCUUGGUGGCUGUAAAUUUCCAUCCAAUAUGACUUGCACAGAUCCUACACUGGGCAACUGUCCAGGCGUACCUACAAAAUGAAGGAAAGAUACUAAGAAAACAUUUUUUAUACCCAAACCUAUCAUAAUCUAUUACAAAGAAAAUUUCUUCAGUCAAAUUUCAAAAGGAUUUAAUGAAUAAACACUACGGGUCAAGAUUUAAUCCACAAUUAUUUAAAAGAAACCUGAAAAAUAUUUUCUCAUUUGUGCAUUUCAUGUGAUAGCAACUUUUAAGCGGCCAUGAAGCUGAUUUGACUUACUCUUAAAGUCAUGUUUAAAUUUUCCCUUCAUUUUAAAGAGAAGUUACUACAUUUUUCCUUAUACAAUUCAUUAAAUUUUCACUGGCUUUUCCUUUGUUGUUCUGUACUGCAAUCACCUAUAUAAAUAUACACUUAAUUUUGUCUUGAGUUUCAUUAGAUGAGGCGAGGGGAUGUUCCACAUAAGAUUUUAGAACUACCAUUAUAAAAUAAGAUUCAGAAGUACAAAUUCAUGGCACUUUCGUUUUUAAGAUAUACUAUGUAACUGCAACAAUUAAUUUCCCCUAGGUGUAAUAUCUCACAUUUAGCACUCAGUAUUAACAAAUGAAUUAUAGUUUUAGUCUGGAAGAAGACUGCCAAAUAAGAACCCCAGGACAAGAACUAUUACCACUAGUUAGCAUGCCUUUUUCAACCUAAAAGGUAAAUCAAGCUCCUUAAGGUAAUAGAGCAGAAGGGACUAUUAACAGAUUCCCAGUAUCUGUCCCAGGGCUAAAACUAUGUAAACGAAGAGAAAAGCAGGAUUCAGUGGUGUCUGUAUCUUGUUAGUCUGUUAGUGCUUGUAAAACCCACUCUCCUUUUAUAUUACCACAGGAUAUAACAUACACAUAGUUUUACUAAGUCAUAAAAUAACAUUUUCACAAUGAGGUGACAGAAAAUUAAAAUACCUUUGGGGUAACUGUAGUAAUUCGAGGACAAUGACAGUUAUUGAUUGACCUUUGAUCACCAACUUACAUAUUACAGAAAAGAUUUAAAAAGUAUAAUAGAUGUUUCUAUCCAUUUAUGGGCCACACAGCAUUUCAACAAAAUUAUUCAUAUCAUACCUAUUUUUAUUACAAUUGUAGCUGGGUUUUUCUACUCAACUAAGGGAAAAAACAGAGAAACAAAACAAAGCAACACCACUGCUGUAUUACCCAGGAAACCAGCUGUGCUCUGUAGAAGGCCGGCUUGUCAGAUUCAAGUUGCAGGCUUUAUACACAGUCAGCGUCUCAUGCACAUACCCAUGAGGGUUCACAUAAGCAGCCAUUGGCCCGCAUAAGGAUAAACUAAAACAAAAAUCAAUAAUAGUUCAAUAUGAAAAGGAAAAAAGGAAACAUGCUAGUUUGUUUUUUUCCCUAAAGUUAAGCAAUGAGGUACAAGCUAAACUUAAUCUUUUGGGUAGUACCAUGACCUUAGUAGUAAAACAAGAAGUCGGCAGACAUCCCUGUUUUGUUCAGUUAAAUACUUUCUAAGAUGACCCUAAGGGAAAUAAUACUAGUAUUAAAACUCUCCUAAACAUUAUGUGUAAUUAACAGUUACCUGAUCAAUUCACUGCUUUGUAGACAUGAGUUUUUUUAACGUUGAUUAUGAUUCUGAUGAAUUUAUCAUAGAAUAAUUCCCAUUGUUAGUACAUGUUCAGAAACAUGCCUUACUUUAUGUGGCAAAAAUGAGGACUGACUGAAAUAUAAUGUCAUGGGCAUUUGGAAUAGGCCUUUAAGCACUAAGGAAAUAUUCUAGUACUUAAGAUUUUCAACAAGAAUUGGGAAAAAGGAUUAUGUUUUACUUUACCAUGCUUAUUAAUUAUAAAUGCUGUCUUACAUAUCCAUUGUUUGCGUCUCCUAAUUGGAAGACAGCCUUCCCUAAAACUUAAUUCUCCUUAAUUUAUUCAGUGUAGGGAAAUAAAUAGAAAGCUAAAACACAGAUUUGAUUAUAAUACUAAGGUAAGAGGCAAUAUAUUCAGAAGAAUACUAGAAAUACAAGGUCUUACCUGAAUAUUUCACUUUUGGUUGUUAUUUCUGUUUCUUGACAUUGUUUACAGCAAAGGGAAGUACACUAAAAUUUUGAGAAAAUUAUUAGUGAUAAAAAUUGGCAUUCAUUAUUAAGUAAUUACAUAGUUCAUCAAGAAACUUGUAACGCAUACCUCUCUCCAGCCACUGAAAAACUUAGGUUUACUGAGGAACAAGAAAAACUCUGAAUUUGAGACCUGCUAAAUAUUCACUUAUAAAACUAAAUGACUUUCUAGAAUUUUUAAAAGUGAUAUUACCAGAAAUGUUCCAUAGCUUUCACAAGCUUUCAAAAAUACAUUCAUUUUUUAGAAAUACAGGAAGAUUUUACAUUUAAAUAGGCACGAUCUCAACUGAAAUUUUAAAAUUUACAGGCUGAAUAUCUUUUCUAGGGGAGUAGAAGUGUUUCAGAUUAGGAAUUUUUUUUCAGAUUUUGUAGUAUCUGCAUAAAUUUGUUCAAUAUUUCUAUCACCAAAAUGGUACAAAAUUUUUUAGCAAUGUUCAACAUGUACUGUAAAAUAUUUUCAAUGCAAACUAUGACAAGUAAACAACUUUCUCUGUGUGACUACAUAGAGAUAGCUUUGUGGACCCUAGAGAUAGCUUUAUUGGUCCCAACCGAGCAUUCAGUUUUCUUAAGAAUCAUGGGUACAUGUAAUACAUGGGCAUCACAAACACAUUUACUCACUUUAUUCAUAAUGUCUAAUUCACAGCGAAGUCGUUGAAUAGCACUGCCAAUUUUAAGUAGUUGAAUUCUUAAAACAUCAUCAAUAGGAAGGCAAGCAGCUACUCUGUAAGAAAAAUCUUAAAGACAUGGUGAAAUUUUCAGGUUUUUAAAUUUAUAAAUCAGAUAAACAUCAGAUAACUUUUAAUCAGAUGUUCUUUUGAAACAGAGCAGUUCUAAAUAAAGCAGCUGCUUUCUUCCUUUUAAAAAUGGAUAUCAAGUCCACAUUCAAGUCACUUAACUGGUUAUAGAGAUUAUACAUGAAGUCCUAUAUAUGAAGUCACUUGUAAAGUUAAAAAACCAGGAAAAGAUCAUCUACCUGCAGGGAAUAUUUUUGGAAAGCCACUUAACUGCAAUUUGAACUUAGGGAAAAACUGAAUACAAGUAUUCACAGAAUAUAUUUUUCAGUAGCCUAAAGCAAAGGGUAUGUGAAUAUUUACAUCAUUAUAAUAUUAACCAGUUUAACCUAAAAAUCUUCAUAAUUAUCAGCUAGAGGAGUUCUUAAAUUUCUUUCAGCAACAUAUCAAGGCCAAAGGAAAGAAACUAAUUUUUCAUACCUAUUGGAUUUGAAGGAAGAGAAUCAUCUUUUAGAUUUUCAUCCCAUUCACGUAGCUGUUUCUUAAUUCUAUCCAUUAAAGUUUCCUUAAAAUAGUCAUAAUAAAAUUCAUACUUAUUAACAUUUAUUGUUAGCUUUUCCAGUUUUCUGCAGUAAAAUUCUAAUAUGCUGGUAAUAUUUAGAGUCAUUGCUAUGUGAUGAAAUCCCAGACCUAUGAGUCCAAGCUUCAGUGUCUUUGCUUUGUUUUGCAAAAAUAACCAAGCCCAGCUCCCAUGCUUUCCUCAUCCUCAACCUGUCUAUCCCAUGGAACACACUUCAUCUGGGAAUGCUCUGUUCUAGGUUCUUGCUUGGAACUGGCCUCUUUUCCCUUGGCUGAAGCCUCUUCACUUUUUAGGAAGCCAGCCUCGCCUGCCUGUCUGCUUGCCUGCCUGCUGUCCUCCCUUCCGCCCAGUAUCCUGACAUAUACUUUAUGUGGCUCUUAUUUACCAUCUGUAUUAUCUUUUAACUGGCAUUCAAAAAAGUACUCUGGUAUAGUGUGUCUGUCUGUACAAUGGCUCAUAAACUACUAGUUUCCUUUAGAGGUGUAUACAUUGUAAUUACACAAAACCUACUUCUUUAGUUUUCCCAAGACUUCAGAUUUGUGCGUGAACCGAUUUACUAAGGAAAUGAAUAUUUGUUGAAUGCUGACCAUAUACCAUGUGUAACUGCUGCUACUAUCUUCAUUUUCUAUAAACUUAAAGAGAAUUUGUAGUGAUAGUUUGCAGCCCAAAGUGAUAGAAAAUGGGCUUUGAACCUACUUUUAUUUCCAAAACCACGUUUUUUUUUUGGAAUUGAAGGUUGAACCCAGAGCCUCAUGUAUAUUACCAGCCCUAAACACCAAGAUUCUUUGAACCAUUCCAGACUCUUAGUGUGUUUCGUGUUAAAAUUUUGAGGAGCAAAAGCUUUCGUGGAUGUAUUAGUAGACUGAUUAGUGAUCUGGAGAUAAAAGGCAGUAUUAUUUAGAGAAAACUCAAACACUAUAAGAAUUUUCUGUAAUUGCCACUCAACUCAAAGGGAUUUCAGAUGCUUAAUAAACAUUAAAAAGUCACAUCUUGCCCUUAACUUUCAAAGCACUAGAAACUAAAAAAAAAAAAAUCUAUAAAUAAGAAACAAAGAAUAUCUAGCAACACCUCUGACUCCUGCCUGCUAUUAUAUUACGUAUAAUAAAUGGCAUUAGUUCUCACAGAAGAGUAGCUUAAGGUAAGUUACUUACGGCAUCAUAUAACGAAUAUAGCCAGCGAGGCCAUGAAGUCAGAUUUGCACAGUGAAACUUUCUCUGAAAGCAGAAAAAUAAAAGUCACUUAAAAAAUUAGAAAAAGAGAUUAUAUUGGUAUAUGUGCUGCCAAAGUGAGCACAAAAGAUUGUAUCAGUAAGAGUGACAUCUGGGAAGGAGAUUUUGUAGAUUAAAUUCUGUAACAAAUGGUUAUCAGUCACAUUUGAUGGUCAUGCUUUUCUAUCCUCAUUCCUACUGAAAAAGUUCAAAUAUAGUCACACAUUUAAUGAGAAAGAUACAUUGUGAGAAAUGCAUUAUACAGUAUUAUUGCAUAAGCAUCAGAGAAAGUGUUUACACAGACUCAGAUGGUGUAACUACAUACCCAGGCUACAUGGUAUACCUUACUACUUUUAAGACUGCGAAGUACAAUAUUGAGUACUCCGGGCAACUGUAGCACAAUGGUUAAAUACUUGUAUAUCUGAACAUAGAAAAGGUACAGUGAAAAUAUCAUCUAAAAGAAUAAAAAAAUGGUAUACUCAGAUAGGGCACUCACCCAGCUCUACAGAGCACGCUGGACACGAAGUAAGUCAUGGAGAGAGAGGAGAAUGCAUUGGAAGCCUAGGACCUUGUUCUACAGUCCUUAUAUAAACUUAGACUAUGCUAACUUUAUGUAAAUUUUUCUACAGUAAUAAGCUUACUAUAAUUUUUCUACUCCAUAAACUUAAUGUUUAAAAACUGUAAUUCUUACAGUAAAUAACACUUAGGUUAAAACUUACUGUACAGUUGUAAGAAACAUUUAUGUUAAGCUUUGUUUUAUCUACAAACUUCUUAAAUGCCUCUGUUAAAAACUAAACCAUAGCCAAUUCCCAAUACUGCAAAAAACAAAAAAACUAGGAUACGUAUUAGCUUAGAUUUGUUUGCACCAGCAUACCUAAACAUGUUAUUGCCUGAUGCUCUGAUGUUAUGCAUACACUGACAUUACAAAAGUUACUAGGUCAACAGGUGACAGGAAUUGAAUUUUUUUACCCCAUUACAAUCUCACAAGACAUCACUGUAUAUGUGGCUGGACUCCACCAUCAUGGAGCAUGUGAAUGAAAACUUUAAAGCGAAAGGUGACUUAGUAAAACAAUGUCAACCUCUAGAAAAAAAAACCAAAACAAAACCAUAGACCUUCUAUUAUAAGCGUAUCAGUUGCCUUUAUCCUAGUAAUUGUCUUUCAUUGAAAAAUAUGGUGAAUGCUUAAAAAGUUUAAAAAAUUUAUAGUCAAAGGACACUGGCUUGAUCUCAGUAUCCUAAAUUAGAAUAUUUACCUUUCUGGUCAUUUUGAUUUUAAGUGAGAACUGAAAGUCGCACAGUGCCAGACCUGGUGGUAGAUAAGGACACAGUGUAAUGCUUUUAUGAGUCUGGCAUUCUGUUGUAUGGUACUUAGCAGCAUUUUUACCAUUCCUUGUAAAGAUACUCUCAAAAGAGGACUUUGAGAACUGUUUUACAAAGUGGCAAGAAUGAUGGAUUAAGUGUGUUUAUAGCAAGGGGAAGAGGAAAAAUGCAAUGUGUCUUUACUAAAAUAAAUUUUUUAUUUAAACACUAUAUUUGAAUUGCAGCUUAUUCACAGUGAAAAAUCUAAGAAUACAUUUCAAGAUGUCUUUAUAGUGAUGGAGGGUUGGGGAUUUGGCUCAACAGAUCAAGUGCUUGCCUGGUACACUCAAUCCCUGGUACCUUAAAAAAAAAAAAAAAAAAAAAAAAAGGUAAACGUGAUGAAAUCUCCAAAAUGAUAAAAUGAUCAUAUACUUGAGACUUCACAGUUAAGUUCUCCAUUUCCUAAAGGCCAGGAAAAAGAGAAAAUCCAUUGUAUACCUCCUCCUACUGUUAAUUUGGGAUCCAAAUAAAAGGCUGCCUAAAUCCAUAUAAAAAUGUAAACAUUAUAGAACGACAGUGUUUGAUGGGAAGAUUCAAUAGUGAUGUCAAUCCUCAAUGUAUAUAUUUAACAUAAUGCCAAUAAGAUUGAGAUUUAUAUGCAUAAUUUAAAGUUUAGAGGAAUAAAAGGAUAAAACAUUUUUGAAAGCAAAUUUCUGUAGGACACACAAAAAAGAGGAUACUGUAUUGGUGCUGUUAAUUGAAACAAACAGGAUAUCAACAUGGUGAUAGUUAAACAUCAGAAUGCUACCAGGAUAUAUACUAUACAUGGAUCGACCUGCAAACCACAUUAAACCUAUAGAAUAUAAAAAUGCUCAUAUUUUUCUCAAAAAGCAGAUUCUACAUGGUAUAAAUGUAUUGUUCACUAUAGGAAAAAACAACAUGAUACAUGAAACUGGAAGGGAAACAAGCCAAUUAAAAAAAAAACCCAAAACAGAUCAGAACAAGAAAAGAUAAUACUUAACAAAAUAAAGAUCUUAUCUUUCAUCUGCAAGAUUAAAAAUGAAAUAGGGACAUCACAUUCAUGAAGGCUAAGAGAACCCGAUGGUUAUGAAAUGUGCUGCACAACUGUAAACACUCUGUAAUUUCCCUGUGAUCUUUAUCUAGUUAUAUGACAAAGCUGGAAUCUAAGAAAAUAACAAUGCUGCUUUAUUCACAAUGAUCACAAAUAAGAAAUUCCAUUGUCAAACAAAAUGUCUUAAGUUGAAGUGUUUAGUUUUGGAAUGUCUUUCAAGGGGACACAAAAAUUGCUUCAAGUAUUGUGGGAGUUGCUCUUUUUUAAGUUUUGUAUGAUAUGCAUGAUCAAAAGCCUUCAUCAAACUAGUGAUUUCCCUAGCAUGCAUCAUAUGUACAUGUAAUUACAUAUGUGUAAAUAUAGGUUAUAUAUAGAUUUACAGAUCUAUAUAGGUAUACGUAUCUGGAUAUCUCUAUCUGCCAUUAUCACCUAAGCCUCAGGAGUAGUAAAGAACUAACCAUUCAGUUCUAGCUCUCAUUAUCAAAUAGAUAUUUAGUAAAUAAAAGAAGAAAAUCCAAUGGGUUCUGGUUUACUUAAAAUUAUUUUAUCAUUUAAAUUGCAAUUCUAAUAGCAUUUAAUGGAACAAUGAAUGCCCUCUGUCACAUAAAAGAAAUCAGGGGUAAUUAGUCACUGUAUUUAGCUUUAUACAAUCAGCUUUUCAAUUUCAUUGCACUUCAAAGACCUAUUUAAUUGGAGUUUCACUUUUGGGGGUGGUGGUUUCACAUUCUGUAUUGUUGAAAGGCAAAGAAAAAGCUGUAGCUAUGAGGCUUAAAGAUUGAAAAAGGCAAUACAUUCAUUACUUCUGGGUAACAGAAUCAUUUUACGGACCUUUAGGCCUGAUCUCAGUAAAUCUUGUUCCCAAAGUGAAUACUAUUUAAGUAUCAGUCACUGGACAAUUUUAAAAGCCUAGACUCUGGUUUUAAGUUUUCCUUCAGGUAUAACCAUUUUAUGAAAUAAAAUUGUGGUGCUGAUCUUGAAAAAUGUCUGUAAAUGUUUAGAACUUAUCAACAGUAUUACCCAGAUAGUACUACCAAAAGCUAAAUGGGACUUACAUGUUUUAGGAUAUUGAAGAGAUUCAAAGGCUGGACAGUUGUUUUGGAAAAGCUAACUAAUCUUUUGUACUAUACUUCUCUUCAGCUUGUGUAAUUAUAUAAAGCACAUUGGAAAUAUGAAACUUAUAUUAAAUCAACUAAAUUUAUUUGUAAAUAGAGCUUCUAGAAUUUGUCAGGAUAAUCCAGAUAAAGAAUUUCAGAGGUCUUUGAGUAGUUUGUUCAUUGGUGAUGGCAGAACAAAUGGUAAUGACCCUCACUUAGUGUACUGCUCUUGAUAACAGUAACAUGUCACAUCCCAUUUUCUUCAUGGUUGGAGUUUAUUUAUAUGUAAGUUAUUUUUGGUUUCUGUUAACUUGGUAAUAAAUGUCAAGUUAAAUUACA